AAUAAAUUCUGUAUCCCCACUGUGUGUUGAAUUCCAUUUAAAAGCUAUGCAUCAUGUUGAAUACACAAUGCAUAAAUACAAACAUUACAAAUACAUUCUUAUUUGCAUUUUAAGGUAACACUUGUAUCCAGUAAAUACUGGGGACAAAAAUCUUUGAAAAGCUAAUGAGCCUUAAGGUGUUGCAAGACCUAAAGCUCAUUUGUCUGCUGGAUGGAGCUUCAAGUUACCUGACAGUUGUAUCUCAUCAACUUCAGUGUUUUUGGAGAAAGAGUACAAGUCUGUAGGCGAAAAUGGACAAAGAACUUGUGUAUCAGUGAAAACAUAAUGUAAAGUAUAAUGUCCUCAUCUGCAUACAAUUCUUUGGAACAGUGGGACACUACAACAGUUUAGUUUUCUAUCUUCUUGAGGUUAUCAGAAACUGGCUUUAAUAGUCACAUCCUGUGCUCUGGGGCUUUUGACCAUAUUAACGCCACAUUAACACCCAGGCACAAAGUCCUCUCACUAGUCUCUCACUCGCAGUCCUAAUUUAGAGGAAAGAGAAACUACAUUUACAAAUUCUUGAAAAUGCUUAUAGUUUCAGUUACCUGUAAUUGAAAUGACCUGUAUACCUGAAGUUAGUUUUCAAAUUCAUAUUGUUUGAAUAAAUGGCUAAAUCUGUUGUAACAACUUUGGAGAGGUUAUAUCUUUGAGGAAGUAAUAACUUAGUGUGUGUAUGUGUGUGAGACUAAUGUUACCUCAGAUAGGAGUAGAUAAGCAAGUAGCUCCGCCCUUGACAUCCUUUGGUUCUGUUUUGAUGGAUGGACAGUGAUAAAUCAUCUGCAUAUACUCAGUGUUAUUUUACUCACAGACAUUUAGCUCUGAUAUUCAAGUUGUAUUCAUUAUGAAAAGGAUUCUAUGUCUAAUGGUCCCACUUAGUGGACUAUUUUCAAGCUUUGUUGAGGGGAACCAAGACUGCAGUUCAUGCUAUCAGUUGGACACUGGAGUGGCUAUUGGGAUCGUCACUUGUGACAUCGUCCUCACAUUUGUCAUUGCGCUCUCAGUCUACUGUUUUAUGUCUCACCAGAAAAGGAGAAGCAGUUUACAUGCACAGGCCAGAUGUUGUGGGUCAGGCAAAGUAAAAACUCACCCGUCAUCAAUGAGGCCGAAGACGAUUGAAGUGGAAUCACCUUACCAGGAACUUUAUGGAGUACAAUCAGACAUAUACAGUGAUCUUCAGCAGUAUCGGAAAUAAAGUGUGACCGCCAUGAACUGGACCUUAGGUGUCUCAAAGGGUCAGAUCUUCUAUUUUGGAAUCAUUUUAGAGAAUUACGUACCACUGUAAAAGACUGCAACAUCUUCAAGACCUGACAUUUUGAAACAUAAUAUUAAUAAUGGAUUGUUUGCAUACCAAAGAACAUUUGUGUUGAUAUAAAUAAGCUAUAAAUAUCUGAUUUAAGAAUUAAUGUCCCAGUUCCAUUAAAUGAUUUGUACUGUUUUAAUAAAUUCCUCAUGGUUUUUGGAAAGUUGAAGUGAUCUUCACUAGUUUCA